UCUAUGGCAUUUGAAUUUAGAGUCACUCCGUCGUUUAUGUCAGAAAGUUGAUCUUCCUUUUUACAGUUUCCUCCGCAUAGGUUGGACGUUUUAGGGUUAUAAAACUAUAAAAAUCCAAAUUUAUCUACCAAAAUGAGGAUUUACAAAGAUAUUUUCACCGGUGACGAGAUCUUCUCUGACUCUUAUAAAAUUAAAUUGGUCGAUGAGGUACUAUAUGAGGUUUACGGUAAACUUGUACAACGUAAAUCAGAUGACAUUACCAUUGAUGGUGCAAAUCCAUCUGCUGAGGAAGCUUCCGAUGAUUGUGAAUCGACUGUCGAGUCAGGUGUUGACGUUGUCUUGAACCACCGAUUGUGUGAAACAUUUGCCUUCCAUGAUAAGAAAUCUUACACUUCCUACCUUAAGGAUUACAUGAAAAAACUUGUAGCUAAAUUACAAGAAACUGCCCCAGACCAAGUAGAAGUUUUCAAAUCAAAUAUGAAUAAAGUAAUGAAGGAUAUAUUAGGCAGAUUCAAGGAACUCCAAUUCUUCACUGGAGAAUCGAUGGAAAUUGAAGGCAUGGUGGCUAUGUUGGAAUAUCGUGAUAUUGAUGGAGAUUCUGUCCCAGUUUUAAUGGCAUUCAAACAUGGAUUGGAGGAAGAAAAGUUCUAGAUGAUUUUAGCAGCAAAAUAUUAUUUAUGACAAUUCCAUCUUUUUUCAAUUGUGAAAUGCUCAUUAUUUUUUAAACCACCGGAAAUAUAUUUAUAUAUUUAAAGAAUAAAUCGAAAUACGCCUGGUUUUUCGAAUUAAUUUAUGAAUUUUAUUUGAUAUUCCUGCUGUGCGGAAAUAAAUAAUGAAUAAUUGAA